AUGAUCUCGAGGGCGCGCCCAGCGACAUGGGCUUUCCGAGCGCCACCAGCACCCGUCGCAGCGUCUCGAGCAACGCGGUCGAGGGCUCUGCGCACCACACCACAGCCAUGGAAGGACCACCAUGACCCGAGGCUCAAGGAGGUCGGAAGGGAGAUCCUGGAUGAUUACGCCCAAGUCAGAGACCACUAUGAGUCGCCCAAGAACGCGCUCGUCCUGGCCCACGGGCUCCUGGGCUUUUCCGAGAUCCGCGCGCCCCUCCAGUUCCUGCCGGCGAUACACUACUGGCACGGCAUCACCGACGCCCUGCAGACCCUCGCGCCCUCGCUGCCCAUCAUCACGCCGUCCGUGCCGCCGACGGGCUCCAUCGAGCAGCGCGCCGAGGCCCUCGCCGCCGCCAUUGAGGCCGGCGCGCCCCGCGGCCGCCCCGUCAACAUCAUCGCCCACUCCAUGGGCGGCCUCGACGCGCGCUACAUGAUCUCGCGCCUGCGGCCCGCCGGCCUCCGCGUCGCGAGCCUCGUCACCAUCUCGACGCCCCACCACGGCAGCGCCUUUGCCGACUUUAUGCUGCACGCCGCCCGCCUGUCCGACUGGUACGGCGUCAUGGGCACCGUCGGCCUCGGCACCGGCGCCUUCGACCAGCUGACGACGGCCUACCUGCGCGACGACUUCAACCCGGCCACGCCCGACGACCCGGACACGCGCUACUUCAGCUUCGGCGCCGCCACCGACCUGCCCGGCCUGCUGAGCCCCUUCCGCCACAGCUGGCGUGUCGUCACGCGCGACGAGGGCCCCAACGAUGGUCUCGUCAGUGUCAGGAGCAGCCGCUGGGGGGACUACCGCGGCACCCUCCGCGACGUGAGCCACCUCGACCUCAUCAACUGGACGAACCGCCUGCGCUGGGAGACGAGGCGUAUCUGGACCGGGCAGCGCCGGCCCUUCAACGCCGUUGCCUUGUAUCUCGACAUUGCUGACAUGCUGGCCAAGGAGGGCCUCUAA